AUGCGUUUUUUUUACCGCACGCUGGCAGUGGUUCUGCUGGGUGCAACCAGCGCAGCUGCAGAAGCUGGCGCAUCUUUUCCGAGGAAUGUUUCCCCCAUUGUCACCGUUGAGCAGGGUGUCAUCAAUGGCUUUGUGCAGAAUAACACAAACGUCUUCCUUGGGAUACCCUUUGCCCAGAGCACUGCUCGAGAAAACCGCUGGAAGGCCCCCAAGCCGAUCAAUGCGUUUCACGGAGGGAAAUUCGAUGCAGUAACCUAUGGCCCAUCCUGUGCCCAGGCAAUGUCCGGCACAAAAAUUACUGCCCAGAGCGAAGAUUGCCUGAACCUGAACAUCUGGUCUCCACUCGGUGACACCAAGACUAAUUUGCCCGUCUUUGUCUAUAUCUAUGGCGGUGCUAUGGUCACUGGGGGAAACAGCAAUGCCCAAUGGCAAGGCUAUAAUUUCGCACGCAAGGGCGUGAUCUAUGUUAACUUCAACUACCGCGAGAGUAUCUACGCCUCACCUAAUGUGCCUGAGCUGGAGAGCGAGUCCCAGAACUUUGGAAUUCUGGAUGUGGAGCUGGCUCUGCAGUGGGUUUACAACAACAUCGAAGCCUUUGGUGGUAACAAGUCACAUAUUGUUCUGGGCGGCCACUCCUCCGGCGCAGUCCAUGUCGACCACUACCUCUGGACUCACCCACAGACUUUUCUAGCCGGUGCCAUCGAGAUGUCCGCCAAUGCGCGGUCAGGUCCCGCCUACGCACCUGCAGGUGUCGCGCUGAAGCAGGUAGUACAAGAUAUGCUAGAUUCUGGGGUAUCACUAGAUUGCACAGCCGACGAUUACACCCUGGACUGCCUUCGCGCAGCAGACACAUACGACUUCCAAACCAGCUACUUCAAUUCAACCUCCAACAUCUGGUUCGCGCCAGCAGUAGACAACAACACCCGGUUCAACAACUAUACCGACUGCUUCGUCAACGGGCAUUACCCGAAAUCGCUGCCACUUAUCGUCGGCAACUCAGACCAGGAGGGCGCCAUCUUCGGAUACGUCUAUAGCGCUGAGAACAAGGACUUCGAAUCCUGGAUCCGCACCUUUGACGCAGACCUAGCAUUCGUGCCGGAGUCCGAAAUGCUAGGCGCAUACAAAGAAGCAGACUAUGCAUCCAUCCCCUCAAUGAGCGGCGCCUCAUAUGGCGACGCCCGCUUCAUCUGCGCCACCGACUCCCUGCUCGACCUCCGCGCCGCAGACCAGCCCACCUGGAUCUACCGCUGGUUCGGCAACUACUCGAACGUACUGGGUAUGCCCGGCAUCGGGCCAUCCCACGGUAGCGAAGUCCCCUUUUUCCACGGCGGCAAUGAGUGCUUCUCGGAGUUGAGUGACGUUACCGACGCACAGCAGCGGUUGGCGGACUACGUGAAUGACUGGUUUGUUGCGUGGAUUCGGGAUCCUCCUGCUGGGCCUGGAUGGGAAAGGGCGAGGCCUGUUAAUGGGCCUCUGGCACAGUUGGGUGUGUCUGGGCGUGAGGGCGAGACUGUGAUGAAUACGACUGGGGAAUAUAAUGGUCGGUGCCAGAGGGUUUAUAAGGCUAAUUAUCCCAAUUACCCCGUGGUGCAGAACCCUGUACUGCUGGCAAAGUAA